AGACCUUCCUUGCCAUUGCCAACACUCUGGACACUCUUUAUCAAUAAACAACAUCUGAUUGCCUGCAAUUGCUUCCUCCUCUUUUAUCUGUCGUUACAGAAUGUGUAUCUCAUUAUUAAUGGUCAAGUCUCUGUGGAAGGACAGGAUCCAGAGUACAAGAACAGAGUUGAAAGCUUCUCUGAGGAGUAUCUGAGAGGAAACUUCUCCAUCAAACUCAACAAUCUUCAACACACUGAUGCAGGAGAAUACUGGUGCUACAUCAUAGAAGAAUCAGUACACAACAGAAGAAUAAAAGUUGAACUUUUGACUAAAGAGAGAAAAGCAAUACAACUCCCCAAUGAAGGAACCAAACCAAGACCAGAUGUGAUCAUAAUGAUCAUUUAUGUUCUGUGCCUUGGCAUUAUAUUUUCAUUGACUAACUCUGUCCCAGCGUGUUUUUAAGGGAUUAUUGUCAUCGCUCACUUCAACUCUACGUCAUCUGCACAGCUUCCUGGGAAUGUCUGUAUGGUCCUGUAGAUAUUAAUUUGUUGUUGUUCACAUCCUCAUUAAAUCUACUGAACCCAUCAAAACCUUUUCAUGUCAUGCUAAUGCCAGCAAGCAUUGACAAGUAAAAUCUCUCUAUAGAGGACCUUCUGUGGUGGAGGUAGAAGACAAUCAUGAGUUCUGGUUCUUGUGUAUAUAUAUACAAAAGACUGUGAAAAUGUUUUAAUGCAAACCAGUCCCAGGCCUCAUGGGAUGUGGAAAAGGACACAUUUCACAAUACUUGAGGCACUUUCUCAAAACUCUCCACACAGUUCUCAGGAGCAACAAAUUUCAGUUUGGCACAGCAGCUAAUUUCACACUCACAUACACUAAAACUAUAAAAACACUUUAUACUUUGUCUCAAAUUAAAUCAUUCCUUCAUAACACUAACAAUGUAUGUGACGGAGAAGUGCUCUCUAUUUUUUUUUUUUUUUUUUUAUAUCCAUGGUGUUAUUAAUUUUAUCAAAUGUAUAUUGGGUUUGCAAUUUUAUAUUUCCUGUUUUGAGCAGGGUGGGCAUGACCUUUUCAAGCACCCCUGUAGAGGGAGCACUUAUGCUGCAGUUUAUGGAGCUGCUUGUGUACAUAUAUUCCGUUGUUGCACUACAGAAAAUGUUAAAACAUACUGUUCACUGAGGAGUGUUAACACUUCUGUUUUGUGUAGCUCUUUGCUAAAGAGUUACAGAUGUGUGCCUUAUUAGCCAUUGUGUGUUACUUACAAUUGAAAUACCUACUGUUGUUAAAUAAUAAUUAUGAAAAAUCUGAAAUUAAAAAGAACAAAUAA